AUGUUGCGGACCGAGAAGGUGCUGCUGCUGCGGAGCCUGCAAGGCCGCUCCGUGCGGGUCGUGCGCGAGCACUACCUGCGUCCGGACGUGCCUUGCGGCAGCGCCCUCUGCCGGUUGGGCUGUCCCCGCGGUGCGCAGCACAAUAAACUGCGGAAUUUAGUGAGGGAUCCCCGUCACGACUGCAUUGUGUUUUUUAAUGAAUUCCAGAUGCUUUCUUAUUUGCCACGAGAGCGGGGAGAAUCACUGGAGAAAUGGCAGACCAGGAGCAUUUACAAUGCCUCCGUGUGGUACUAUAAUCACUUCUCAGGCCAGAUGCCCGUCGUCAUGGUUACAGAGGACGAAGAGGCGGUACAGCUGUUUGGAAGCGAAACGGAAGGUGUCUUUGUGAUCUCGUUCAAGAAUUACUUGGACAACUUCUGGCCCGAUUUAAAAGCCGCCCACGAGCUUUUGGAUUCCAUACUCCAGUCGCAACGUGAACGGGAAAGCGAAAGCCAUGAAAACAGUGGGAAGGAAUACCCCGAGCAUCUCCCUGUAGAGAUCCUGGAAGCUGGAAUCAAAUCAGGACUCUACAUCCAGGGGGUCUUGAAUGUGAAUAAGCACAGAGCCCAAGUAGAGGCAUUCAUGCGACUUCAAGGCACUAGCAACAAAGAAAAAGAUCUCAAGACAGAUGUUCUUAUUUACGGCACGAAAGCCCGAAAUAGGGCAAUCCAUGGUGAUGUGGUGGCGGUGGAAUUAUUGCCCCAGAAGGAGUGGAAAGAACGGACGGCUGCCCUCGGAGAGACUGAGGGGGAAGAGAAGACCGCUGGGGAGGUUUAUGGUGAACCCAUGCCCACUGGCAAAGUGGUGGGCAUCCUGCAGAAGAACUGGCGCGAGUACGUGGUCACUUUCCCAUCCAGGGAAGAGAAUCAGCCGCACACCAAAAACGCCCAGAAGGUUCUUGUGACUCCCUGGGAUUACAGGAUCCCUAAAAUCCGAAUAAGCACUCAGCAGGCCGAGGCGUUGCAGGACUUCCGGGUUGUCGUGCGUAUAGACUCUUGGGAACCAACCUCGCUGUACCCCAACGGACAUUUUGUGCGGGUCGUGGGCCGGAUAGGCGACCUCGAGGGAGAAAUACAAACAAUUCUAGUGGAGAAUACUGUUUCGGUUAGUCCUUUCUCCGAGGCACAGAUGUGUGAGAUGCCCGCGCUCAUCCCGGAGAAGCCGUGGCAAGUAAGUCCAGAGGAGCAGCAGAAGCGCCUCGAUCUGAGAGAGACCCAUUUGGUCUUCAGCAUCGACCCCAAAGGCUGCGAAGAUGUGGAUGAUGCCCUCUCCAUCAGGCUCCUCCCCGACGGCCACCUGGAACUGGCCGUCCACAUUGCUGACGUAACUCAUUUUGUGGCAGCCAAUUCUUACACCGAUAUGGAGGCCAAAGCAAGUUCUGACCCCCUGGUAAACCAGCUGUUGAGGUCUAUGGUCACUCAAGCCAUGUCCAACGCGGUCUAUUUUUCAACUGGAUCGUGUCCCGAGGAAGACUUCUUCCAUUACGGUCUUGCUCUAGAUAAAUACACCCACUUCACAUCGCCCAUUAGGAGGUACGCAGAUAUCAUUGUCCACAGACUCUUGUUAGCAGCCACCUCAAGAGAAGAAGACGGAGUUGGUGCAAGAGACGGCUUGCUCGGCAAUAAAGAACUUGAAGAAUUAUGCAGACAUAUCAACAACAGGAACCGGGCGGCCCAGCAUGUUCAGAAACAGUCCACGGGGCUCUUCCAGUGCAUGUUCUUCAGUGACAAGAGUCCUGCAAGGGAGGAGCAGCGCUCAGCGGACGGCGUGAUCUAUUCAAUCCGAACCAACGGGGUGCUCGUCUUCGUGCCAAGGUAUGGUAUUAAAGGGGCUGCUUACCUGAGGAGCAAGGAUGGGCUGGUCAUCUCCUGUCCAACCGACGGGAGCUGUGAAUGGCAACCUGGUUCUCUGCAGCGCUUCCCCAGCAAAAUUACCGCCACUCCCGCCGUUGGAAAGCCUGUGACUUUGAAUCUCUUCGAUCAUGUGACCGUGAAAAUCUCUGUACAGGCAUCUCGCUGCCACGCAGACAGGAUCCAGCUUCAGAUCACCAGCUGCAAGCCGUACGAGACGUCGGAAACGGAACCAUCUCAGAGGCCCCAGAUGUCUAGAACGGACUUGGUAAGGGAAGUCACCAAGACAGCAGAGGAAACGCAACUGGCACAGAAUCUGGCCAAAGCAAACCAGGUAAAGGAAGGAUUUGAUGAAGAGUAUCGGCAGACCCAGUGCAAGUGGAGUUUGUAUCACCUGCUAGAAGAAAUCAAGGAUUUGUCUCUCUUGGAUGUAUCGGCAGACCAUGGCGCAUGACACCUCAUGUCACACGGCUUCUGUGCCCAAAAUCUCUUUUCUCAGCUUAUCUUUCUUUUAAAGUUGUAAAUUUAUUAUUACAGUGUUGUUUAUCUAAAAAAAUUAUGGAGAUUCUAUUUUUAAGAUUGCAUUAUUGCUCACGGAAGAUAUGCUUUGUCUUUUACAAAUGAAAUACCGAGAAGUAUAAAUAGUUCUUGAGCACCUCAGGGAGUUAAGUGAUGAUGUAGCGUCUUAAUUCUUUAAAAUACUCCUGCUUGGUAAUUUUGACUGUGUAGAGAUCUACAUUAAGUGAGCUGCUUUAAAUUAUUUUAAUGGGUAGUAUAGUGUUUCUCAACUUCGGCAACUUUUAAGAUCAUGGAUGCCAACUCCCAGUAUUCCCUAGCCGGCAUGCUGGCUUAGGAAUUUUGGGAAUCAAGUCUAUGCAACUUAAAAGUUGCUGCUUGUGUUAAGAAACACUGAGAUACAGUACCGUUAUUUAAUCUUUUUUAGUUGUUUGACAUGCAGAUACUUGGAUAUACAGUAUAUAAAUGUCAGGAAAUAGUCAGAUGUAGCUGUAAGAACAAAUUUAGUUCAGUCUUUUUUUUAAAAAAAAAACUUUGUUUGUAAACAGAGAAUUGCUUAGUGUUUGAAGAGUUUUUGAAGUCUACAGGAAGCAAAGCCAAGCAAUUUUUGAUGCUCAGAUAUGCUAUUUUCUUAUGUUGAAACUUGGGUUUGCAAGGCCUCUUUGUAGGAAUCCUAAUUUCUUUAUUAAAAGCACAAAAACACCUGGAUUUGCACAAUACAAAUUACGAAUGGUUAACCCAAUGUUCUGGAUCUGCAGUGGACCAUGUACUAACCUCAUAGGUUGUAUUCUCUAGUCUAAACACACUAAAAUGCUGGUGACUGAUCUGAACCUCAGUGUCUUAGCUGCUGUUCAUAAUACCAUGUGCUCUUUAGUUGAGGGUAGAACUCUUAUCAUUCACACGCCUGACUUUCCCCUGUAGCCCAAGCACUCAAGUGAGUUCACACAAGCUUGGCAUAAUACGUGAAGCGAGCUUUUAUGUCUCAGAAAAGGUCCAGGAAUUGCCAAGAUUUAAUUCAUAUGAAUUUGUGGAAGCAAUAAAAAUGUCUUCUCCUUCCCCAACAACUAUCAAAGCUGGCAAGCAUCACUUUCAGUGGAAGGACCAAAGAUUUCAUGACCUUGUUUGAACUCUGCAUUUAGCAGCCAAGAAGGAAAAAAAAAAGGGGGGGGGGGGGAGGGAUGGAAAGUUUAACUGACAGUGUCUGUCAAACUUGACUGGUUCCAGAAGUGAGUGUCCACAUUGUACAGUGCUUUUACAAAAGUGGUUUGGAAAAAUAAAAAGAUAUUCCUCGUUCUGUUUUUGUAUGAUGGGUAGUAAACCUGUCUAGGCUAGGAACACAAAUACAGGUGGGGUUAUUUCUUACCUUUCCAGGAAAUCUGUGGUUUGAAACUUACAUCAGGAAGCAAAACACUCUGAAAUCCUAGAGAGGUAUAUAAGCACAUUUUGAGUUUCCCUCCAAGAAAAAAGCAGAGACAUGUUCCAUCAGGACUCGAGUCUGACCCAAACCUGUACUUUCUUUCCCCACAUCAGAUAUGUGGGAUAUUUUAAAUCCAGUCUCUAGGUAUAAGUUGGAACCAGACAGACAUUAAGGUAUCGGGCUAGAAACCGGGAGACUGCUGAGUUUUAGUCCUCCUAGCUGAGUAAUCUUGAGCCAGUCCCUUUUUCUCAGACCUAAGAAGGAGGCAAUAGUGCAUCAUUUCUGGAAAUCCUCAUCAAGGAAACCGUAGGGACUUUUCCAAGCAGUUUCUGAGAAUUGGACAUGACUCAACAGGAGAGGAAAAAAGGCCUAAGUAUUAGUUGUAACCUGCAUGAAAUGGAACAACACUGCAAUCCAUUUUGGUCACCAUACUACAAAAAAAGAUGUUGAGACUUUGGAAAAAGUUCAGAGAAGAGCAACUAAGGUGAUCAAAGGCCAGGAGACAAAUACAUGAAGAAGA